UGAAAGUCUGGAUGACGAUCUGGGUUGUAUACCUAGAAUCCAGAUAAAACCCAGCCAGCUCAGGAAUACGGCAACCCUAGUUACACAUCAACCAAAAGGAGGAAAUGAAUCCAUUUCCAAAUGAGACAGAAAGAGGGCCCAGGUUUCCAUAAGUUGUGCUUAUGGUAAGUGGUAUGUAUUGGGACAGAUUUAGACAAGGAAGGUCAAAUACACACAUCCUUUUGUGAGGAAGUGACAAAGCCCUCUUAUUACCACUCUUUUUCAAGGAACACUGCUGCUACCUCUUUGGGGUGAUCAACUGUGUUUAUCCAUUACAGAGGAAAGAGUCCCAGUUCUUUAUUCCUUCCAAACGCAUUAUGACAUAAAUAAGACCACAAUUAUACUCAGCAUGGGAGAGGUCUUUAUUCAGACAGAAGGGUAUAAAAAGCAAGAAAACUCAAUACUGGGUGUUUAAGGAGACAGGAGAGAAGGUGUUCCUCCCUUCCCAUCUUUAGUUAUCCAUCAGGUAAUGAACCUAUUGCAGGGGAUGAAAAUUGUAUGGCUGCCCUUAUGCUGUUUGUCUGCUGAUUCUGUAUUCCUCUUCAUUGGUUAUGCUGUCUAUGGCUGCUGGGAACUACUCCCCAUGCUUCUCAUGGGUGGAACAAAUACAUGUGGAUCCCCAUGGCAGCCUUUCUGAUCCCCAGAAAUUGCUGGAGGACAGCAAAUAUAGAGGGAUUAAAUGAAUUGUGGUGGGAGCCAGAAGGAUGCAGUGGGAAGUGUAUCCUGGAUCCAAGCCAAUCCAAGUUUGGAAGUAUUCCCUUUCUUUUUUUACAUUCCCUAAUUCCAAGCUCAACUCAAAACUAUUCUAGGAUGCUUGCUCUGUUUUAUUUUACUCUUAUUUAUUUUAGGCUUAUUUUGCAUAAGCAGAUCAGCGUGGUGUCUUUGCUCUUUUGGGAAUGAAGAAGAUGGGGCUGCUGUUUGUAGGCUUCUUCCUGCUGGCUACAUCUCCAUCCUUCUGCUCUGCCCAGCAUUGGUCUUAUGGCUUCCGACCUGGAGGAAAGAGGGAUGCUGAGACUCUGAGAGAAGACUUUGAAGAGCCAUUUGCAAACAAGAUGGACAAACCCGUAGAGUUGCCAUAUUUCCAAUGCAAUAUGCCAUGUCAGGAUCCUACCCUCACCGGACUGAAAGGUGCCUUUGCAAAGCUGAUUGAAGAAGAGAAUGAGAAAAAAGAAGUUUUAGAUCCACAAAAAGGGAAUAAAGAAAAAAAUGAAGCCUUCUCCAAUAAAUACGGACCGCAGCCACAAGGUUUGGUGUGGGCCUAGCUGUGUUCUAGAACAUGUGGACAUGUUUUAAGGUUAUCUAUGUUUCUGAUGUUGGGGAAAAUGUGUAGUGGAGUUCAAGUACCAAUAAAAAGUCUAUCAACCCCUUUGACAAUAGCCUCACAUGUCAUAAUGUUCUUAAACUGAUGCCUCUUUCCCAUGGUUGACUUAAUUUUAUUUUUGUACACU